AUGGCCGACAAGCCCGUCUCCAAGGUGCUAUCCCGCGUCGACCUGGACGGCCACAACCUGCCGCCGUCGCCCGCCCCCUCCAGCCCGUCCAACGGCCGCCGACGCUAUGCCCUCGCAACCGAGCUGGUCUACACCGAGACCAAGGACCAGCAUGGCGCCUCCAGCAUCCCCAUCUACCAGUCCGCCACGUUCAAGCAGACCUCGGCCACCGGUGGCAGCGAGUACGACUACACCCGCUCCGGCAACCCCACCCGCACGCACCUCGAGCGCCACAUGGCCAAGAUCAUGAACGCCAACCGCGCGCUCGCCGUCGGCUCGGGCAUGGGCGCGCUCGACGUCAUCACCCGCCUGCUGUCGCCCGGCGACGAGGUCAUUACGGGCGACGACCUGUACGGCGGCACCAACCGUCUGCUGACGUACCUGGCCCGCAAGCAGAACAUUGUCGUGCACCACGUCGACACGACCGACGUGGGCGCGGCCGUCGCGCGCGUCUCCGACAAGACCGCCAUGGUCCUGCUCGAGACCCCGACGAACCCGCUCCUCAAGAUCGUCGACAUCCCCGCCAUUGCCAAGGCCGCGCACGCCGCCAACCCGCGCGCCCUCGUCGUCGUCGACAACACCAUGCUCUCGCCCCUGCUCUUCCACCCCCUCGACGUCGGCGCCGACAUCACCUACGAGUCCGGCACCAAGUACCUGUCCGGCCACCACGACAUCAUGGCCGGCAUCAUUGCCUGCAACGACGCCAAGCUCGCCGACGAGCUCUACUUUAUGAUCAACACCACCGGCUGCGGCCUGGCGCCCAACGACUCCUUCUUGCUCAUGCGCGGCGUCAAGACGCUGGCCAUCCGCAUGGAGAAGCAGCAGGCCAACGCGCAGACGAUUGCCGAGUUCCUCGAGGGCCACGGCUUCCGCGUGCGCUACCCCGGCCUCGCGUCGCACCCGCAGUACGACCUGCACUGGGCCAUGGCACGCGGCGCGGGCGCCGUGCUGUCCUUUGAGACGGGCGACCCGGCGCUGUCGGAGCGCAUUGUCGAGGCGACGCGCCUCUGGGGCAUUUCCGUCAGCUUCGGCUGCGUCAACAGCCUCAUCAGCAUGCCCUGCCAGAUGAGCCACGCGAGCAUCGACGCCAAGAUCCGCCAGGAGCGCCAGAUGCCCGAGGACAUUAUCCGGCUGUGUGUCGGUAUCGAGGACGUCCACGAUUUGAUUGACGAUCUGCAGCGCGCACUCGUGCAAGCCGGUGCAGUCACUCUGUCUAUUGACGGUUUCGAGGCAAACGGCUCUGCUCCUGCGCCUGCGGAGACCUAA